UCAAACAUCAUUGACGAUGACAGAAACAUGGAGUGACAUAUCUAAAAUAAGAAAACAUCAAAACAACAUCUUUUGGCAACAUCUGAAGACUGACAUGUGCUUUAAACGAAUAUAAAGUCGUGAAUGAAGAAAAACAAAUAUUUUUUUAUUGUAAUUCAGAUAAAUAUGCAAUCAAAUUAGAAAUGAAAAUAUCUAUUGGUGAUGUUGCUCUACCGGGCGAUUAUUGCGAGGAGAUAAGCGAAGUCGCCGAAAAAAGUAAAGUAAUUAUUGGACCAGGACUACGAAAAGAGGCUGAUCGUGUCUUCAUCACAAAGCCCGGUGUGUUAAAGAAACGAAACCCGUGCACUUUUUGGGUAGAUAGCUAUCAGAAGAGAUACGUGCCGUCGAGGGGAGAAAACGUAAUAGGCGUAGUUGUUCAAAAGGCAGGAGAUAUAUUCCGGGUCGAUGUCGGUUGCAGCAUAACCGCGGCAUUGUCCUACCUGUCGUUUGAAGGAGCCACAAAAAAGAACAGACCUGAAGUUCAAGUCGGUGACGUUGUUUAUGCUAAAAUGUUAGUGGCCAGCAAAGAUAUGGAACCAGAGUUGGUGUGUGUUGAUUCUCAUGGCAAGAAAGGCAGACUAGGUGUCCUCAUAGAUGGGUUCGUAUUUAAAUGCUCAUUAAAUUUGAUAAGGAAGAUAUUGAAUCCUAGUUGUACCUUACUCGAGUCCUUAAAAAAUGAGUGGCCCUUUGAGUUAGCAGCGGGCAUGAAUGGUAGAAUAUGGAUAAAGGCUAACUCAAUGAGAGAAACUAUUGCUGUUGGCAAUGCUAUUUUAGGUGCCGAAUAUCUAAAUGAUGAGGAAAUAAAGAGUAUGUGUAACAAUAUAGCUUCUAUUUUAGCUGGACAUGUAAUGUAGAUAAACAAAUAUUAAUAAACUCUUUUUAAAUAUA